AUCAUGAUCGUGCGUCGUACGACUGAGCGCAUAGUCCUCUUCUUUUCUUUUUCUCCCAUUUCUCUCCUCGUUGCAUCACAUCCCAUUCUCACCAAAAAGUUUAUCCAAUUUUUUUCUUCGCUUCCACCGUUCUACACUCACCAAAUUAUCUCUCAAUUGUCCCAAGAUUGAAAAAUCCAGGUUGCGAUCAAUGAGAGGGGAAGUACAGCUAGAGCCAAUGGGGGCUCAGGAACAUGAUGAUUCAGACCCUUUGCUGGGGAAGCAGGUUGAUUCUAUUUCUUCCUCCUCAGGGAGCUCAAAUGAAAUAAAGGAUGAAGAUGAUAUUGAGGCUGGCUCUAUUCCUUGUUGCCGCAUUUGUCUUGAAAGUGAUGCUGAACCAGCCUAAAAUCCUGUUGUUCAAUCUUAUAGAGGACGAAAUGAUUUCUCCUUGCAUGUGCAAAGGCACCCAGCAAUUUGUUCAUCGAUCAUGUCUUGACCAUUGGCGUUCUGUUAAGGAAGGAUUCGCUUUCUCUCAUUGCACAACUUGUAAAGCUCAAUUUCACCUACGAGUUGAAUCAUUUGAGGACAAUUCAUGGCGUAAAGUUAAAUUUCGACUGUUUGUUGCAAGAGAUGUUGUUCUUGUGUUUUUGGCUGUACAAACUGUAAUUGCUGCCAUGGCUGGCUUCGCAUAUCUAAUGGAUAAAGAUGGAGCAUUCAGAAAUUCAUUUAGCGAUGGCUGGGAUCGCAUUCUGUCAAAACAUCCUAUACCUUUUUAUUAUUGUAUAGGGGUACUGGCCUUUUUUGUGAUGCUUGGAUUUUUCGGGCUUAUACUGCAUUGCUCAUCACUUAAUAGCAACGAUCCACGAAUGGCUGGCUGCCAGAACUGUUGUUAUGGUUGGGGAAUCUUGGAUUGCUUUCCAGCAUCCAUGGAAGCAUGUUUUGCUCUUGUUAUUGUAUUUGUUGUGGUGUUUGCGAUUCUUGGCAUAGCUUAUGGAUUUCUUGCUGCCACCAUGGCUAUACAGAGGAUUUGGCAGAGACAUUACCACAUCCUUACGAAGAGGGAACUCACUAGGGAGUACAUAGUGGAGGAUCUUCAUGGAUGUUAUACCCCACCGAAGUUGGAUCCAGAAAAUGAAGAACGUUUGAAAAUGCUUAAGUUGUUGUAAUUAUGUAUAAGAACAUGAAUUUAUGCCUUUCGAGUGUUUAAGAAAAAAAAAAUGAAAAAGAAAAGAAUGUCUGUUACUGUGUUAUAUAAGUUUGUAUUGGAAUGUUAUACAUCCGUUUAAUAAAUAGUUUUGUAUUUCA